AAGUGUUCUGAUGAAUGCUAAAGUGCACAGGAGGAGACCGUGGUUUGUAUUAUGUAUAACUGCAUGUUGCAGAAGGAAACUUCAGAAGGAAAAAAUAAACUAUCUAAACUUUACUAAAGUGUCAUUUUGUUACAGUAUAUCACAAUCACGUGACGCCCUCACCGAUUAUUAAACCACGCCCACAUCAUAGCAUCUCUAUCUUGUUUUGAUUUGACCACGCCCUCUUUGUACAUGACUUUGUACAUGCUUUGAUUUGACCACACCCCUUGUGUAUUCGCCCCGCCUCCAUAGAUAGAAUUUCAUGAUUCUAUCUAGCUCUCAUUCUGUUUUAGGUUUGCUUUGGUUUCGUCUUUGGAUUUUAUUAUUUUUAUUUUUUAAUUCAGAAAACAUACAGGGAGACGCUUGAAGUUUUCAGUCGCACCACAAAAGCUCCAUUAAGUCAGGCAUCCGUCUCCAAGUACAGGGAAAUUCUUUUCUUCACAUACCCCAGCAUGUCAGGAAGCUGGGGUCAGAGCGCAGGGUCAGCCAUGAUACAGCGCCCCUGGAGCAGAGAGGGUUAAGGCCUUGCUCAAGGGCCCAACAGUGGCAGUUUGGCAGUAACUCGGAACCUUAAUUGUCAAGCCACCACUGCCCCAACUGCCCGCUUUAACCCGGUCCUGAAGGAUGGCUGUCCCUGUAGCCGUGUACCUCUUGGUUGCCUCCAAGCUGUUUUUGGCUGUAGUGAAGUGUGACAGCAUCAACUUCUAUAACAUCAGGCCUCCUGUAGAUGCGACUCCAUAUCCCAAAAGCUUCAAGUGCUUCACAUGCGAGCAGGCCUCAGACAACUACAGUUGUAAUCGCUGGGCUGAAGACAAGUGGUGUCCUCAGAAUACACAGUACUGCAUGACCAUACAUCAUUUUGGUCGACACGGAAAAACAAAGUUUGUAACGAAAAGGUGCGCUUCAUUCGACGACUGCAACUUGACAGGAUGCCGACAUCACAUGAACACACACCACGCGGAGUGUGUGUCAUGCUGCGAGGGCAUGGCAUGUAAUGUGGAGCUUCCCACUAAUCACACCAACGCCGUGUUCGUGCGGAUUCAGGAUUUCAGCUCCGCCGCGACACGCAGCAGCAGCAGCAGCUGGACUCGCAUAUUUCUACUAACUGCAGCUCUCACAGCGCUGUUACCUUUCUGACAAUAUCACAGUGCUGCUGAGCCUGCAAAUAUCCUGCUGGAAUACCACUGGCACAUAGCUAAAGGGCUACCAGGAGUCUUCAAGAAAGCCGAAAGUUCCUCCUCAGUGUUGGACGUAUAAAAGCAGCCAAUCGCAAUAGCAAAGCUGUCACACGGACGUGACCGAAAGUCCAGCCAGUCAGCGCAAACCAAGAAGCCAUGGAAUCAGAGACUUUGCCAAUGUCAACUGUUUGCCAAUGGCAUGCUAAAUAGGAUGGACAAAAGGAAUCAUUUAACUGCGAGGAUGUUGAUUCCCUCGAGUAAUGCUUCAUUGGGUUUGUAUUGACCCUGUUGAAGGACACAUACAGGACUGAGGGAUUCCAGGAUGGUGGGACGACCUCAUCCAAUGGCUUGGAGCCCAGAGACUGUCUCAGAAAAAGCCUAACAAGACGACAAAACUGCAAAGCCACUCUCUUACACAGAAAUCGCUGGAAGAGAUCUGGCAGUAAGCCUUCGAGAAAGUGGACAGACUUUUUAAUGUUUCAUGAUUGCAUUUUGGUGUAGAAAUCUCACAUUAAGAAAACACGUGACUAACAGUGCUAGCUGAAGCAGCGAAUCAGUGGACGCUUUGAGACAUGCAAUUGAACAGAUAUUCAUAGCAGUAUUUUUGAAUAAAGAACAAAUAAAGAAUAAAACCCAUCAAUGAAAGUAUUAUUAUUAUUAUUUAUUUUAUUUUUUUAUUUUUUGCCAUUUACACCAAUAUUGCCACUAUGAAAUAAUUAAAAGUUGUUGUUAAUGUUCCACAUGGUUCCAUAAUGCAUUUUAUUUAAUUUCUCAAUCGUUUAAAUUUAAUUUAAUUUAAUUUCUUGGAUCUUGACUAUAUUGACCAAAACUGCAUUUGUCCCUGUUUUAGACAAAACAGUCAUAUUUGUGAUAUUUCAGGUCUUAUUGUUUUCCUCCUGUAGCAUUAGAGUCAAAUCACAUGAUUUGCCUCACUAGAUUUUCAAUUUCUUUUGUAAAAAUGAGAAUUAAUUCCAUUUAUAAGCAUGUAUUUUAAUAACAAAGGUAUUUCGGAGAAAGAAUGGUGUUUAAAAAAAUACAUUUAAAAAAAAGCUGAAUCACAUAAAAGAUUCAUGAAUCAUUGUGGUCAUGCACAUCAGAUAAGAGAACAGUAUAAAGAUGUUUAAAUAACUAUAAAUAACAUGACUCUGAAUGGGCACCAGACCAACACGCACUUAUGUCACAGUUUAUUCCAUUUCAAUCAAUAGCAUUUCCUUUUACACACACUUUCAUACAUUUUCAGUUUUUGUCAUGAGCAAAUUCAAAAUUCUUUGUGCUGGUUUUAAACUUAAGCUUUGAGUCUAUAUGAAAGAAGGGGCUUCUUCUCCUUAAAUCUCCCUCCACAUUAACUCCCUAAAGACGCUGAUGCUGCUGAACACAAAGCCAUGCGCCAUUUGUAUCUUCUCAGUCUAGACUAAUGGGAUUGGAUUUGUCUGACUAAACAGGACAUAUGGCUUUUUCCUUUUAGAAUGAAAUGUGUGCGUGUGCGCAUUGAGACUCUAUUGACUGAUGGUGUUGAAGUGUGUCAGUAUGUGUUAGACAUACCCCUUAAUUUUUUGUCAAAGUGAAAGUGUUUGGUGAGUGUUAACAUGUCCGUGGAACUUUCAGCCACCAUUUAGCUGCCUGAAUGAAUUCGGCUGGACAGUUGAAGAUUCUCUGACUGAUUCUCUUAACCCAUCUCUGCAUUGUACUGCUGCCACAUGAUUGGCUGUUUGGAUAAUCUGGAAAAAAAAUGAAUGGCAAUUAACCAACCCAUGUUUUACACAACACACUUUUCGAUCUUGUCCGGCUCUGUAAUCCGACCGGGUCGCCUCGGGUGCAUUAUCUCAGCGUGGUUGUUUUUCUAAAGGCUUGUAAAGCUUAACAUAAUGCACAGGGGGUCAGAGUUCAUAGCGUUAAUUGGUAGCAGAGUCUCAGAGAGAUCUUGCUUUCUUUGUUAUACCAUGAGUAUUUGACGGGGUUCUAAGUAACAGAACCACAAAAACAAUAAUGACUGAGAAACUCGUGAUGGAUUACAGACGGAAUUGCUACGUGGCCACCCUCAAUAUUUAUAGAGCUAGUAAAUCUUUGAGUGCAAAGAUUAGGGAACGAGUGCAGACCCUUUUCAACGAAAAGAAGCCUAGUAUAGUUAGCAUGUAUGAUUAUUCACUUGGAACCCUGUUAGGACAAAAAGGUUAAAUCUAUGACCCUUAAAGGUUGCUUCCACUUGUUGAACCCUACAACAUAGAGAAACACUAUCAGAAAGGAUUCCCUCAUCAGGGAAUGUUUUGUAGAUCAAAUACAUCCAGACCCAAUUGCACUUCACUAAU